UUUAUGCUCUCACAUUUUGAGCAAAAAUUUCCCUCGAGUGACUCUUCGCAAUUCUUUGAAGUUGGAGUCUUAUCAGAGCCUCAUCUUCUCCCAAAACCUCACAAUCACAGCAUCAUCCGCACCUUCACCAGCUCUUCAGUUUGAAUCUAAUCCCCCUGACAAUUUAAUACCUUGGGUUGAAAAAUGGUAAUUCUGCUUCGGUUCCUUGGAGCUUUGUUGCUCCUGACAUCGACAGCCACCAGAGCUGACGUUAUCAUUACAGAGAUAUCCGAUAAGGGAACGAGCAACGCUUGUGAUGGCAAUGAUUGGAUCGAAAUCUACAAUUCUGGCGAGCUUGAAUUGGAUUUGGGAUUGGAAGGAUAUGUGUUGCAUGACAGUAAGGGAGUCGACAGUGAUGACACCUUUUCCUUUCCUGGAAACGCAAUGAUUCAGCCUCAGGAAUACAAGUUGCUGUGCACAGAGCAAAAAAUUGCAUUUGACGAUGGAACCUCGGCGAUUGACCCCAUGUCGCCUCAGUUUGGAAUCAGUGGGGCUGAUACCAUUUAUUUGACACGCAUUCGUCGUGCAAAUCCAAAUGCUACCAACGAAGAACCCGGAUUCAUCGUUAACAGCGCUCGCAACGGAGAUACCUACGAGAUUGUUUCUACUGUCGCUCUUCCCAACACUGACGAUGCGUUCGAUGUCACCUACGCCCUUGUCGACUUUGCCAGCGGCAAAUUCAACUAUACAUCUACUCCCACACCGGGAGCCGCCAAUGUUAUCAGCAAGGUCUUGAGCCAAGAAGAGCGCAAUGCCAAGUUCAAAGAACAACUCAAAGCCCAAAACGAUCAAGGAACGAUCUUCUUCAACAUGGAUGAUCGAGGAUUGCCAGUGCCCAAUGGAAUGGAUCAUGUUCUGGACCUGAACUUCACAAUGGAGAGUGGAGAUUAUUCUUAUCUGGUGAUGAACAAAACCUUUGAACAGUAUAGGCCUUUCACGUCGGCUGUUUUGACCACUACGGAUGGACAAGAACUCUUGUCGCUGUCCAAACCUGGAAGAAUCCGAGCCAAAGGCCAGUCAUCAUUGUACCUAGCGUCGUGCAUGGGAGCACCUGCCUUUCCUUUCCAAGUCGAAAUGGGUGGCAAUGAAACGCUUUUCGGCGCAGAGCGCAUCUACCUACGCCACCAUAUUGGAGACUACUCCUUCAUGCGGGACUAUGCCUACAACCGUAUGCUUGCUCGCUUUGGAUUGCCAUAUCUUCGUGCCCGCAAAGUUCGAGUUUCAAUCAAUGGAAAUCUGCACGGCUUCUACACUCUUAUGGAAGCCCCUGAUCAAGACUAUGUUUUCCACCGCAGCUUUCCUGAUUUCAACCCCCAGGCAUACGCUCUUUUUAAGAUCAAGUCGUUCGCUUAUGAUUGCGGUUCAUACACCAAUGAAGAAAUUGAAGUUGCAAGUGCCAGGCUGCAUGAAACAGCUACUCCACCUUAUGCGUUUCAGCGUGGCGAACACAAGGAAGUCCUCGAAGAGCUUGGCCUCUUUCAGUCUGAAACAUGCAUUGAAAACUAUGACAAGGACCUCUGGAAGCGAGACUACUAUGAUGUUAUUCUGGCCUGGCUCCGUUAUGACAAGGAUUGUGCCGACAUGUUGCUGGGAGAGGGACUUGUGGAGCAGGAUUUGGGCACCAAGGGAUUCAAGAAGGAGAUCAGGGAAUGGAUCUCCAUGGACUACAGCGACGAGGUUCUCUGCACGGAAAACUGUGCAAACUCCAACUUGGCAGAAAGGGUGGAUCAAGAGAACUGGCUCAAGGCCUUCGCCUUUUAUGCCGUUACUGCCAACUCUGACACUCCUCUGGUGAAUGGCAACAACUUUUACUUGGCCAACGGAGGAACCGGUGGUUGGAAGCUGGUGCCGUAUGACUUCAAUCUACCAAACGUUGUCUACUGUCACGAUGACGUCUGUAACGAGCGCCUGGUUCAUUGGAGCAUUGCCCGGCCUACUUGUACCAGCUUAGAAGAAAACAACCUAGUCGGUCCACUUUUGACAGAUGAAAAACUUCACGCGCAAUACUUGGAAUACGUGCGAGAGUUCGUCGAGACGGUAUAUGGGAACCAAUCGUUUGUGGACGAGUUGCAGGAGCAUGCGGCAGCUCAAGAGAGUUAUGUGAAGGACGACUUUUGGUCUUUCUUCGGUGUGUUUUACAGCAAUGAGCUUACACCAGAGAGUGCGAAAUGGAAGGAGGAAGUGCCAAAUUUCCCAUUGCUCCCCACCAUGAAAGCCCGGGCUGAAGAUGUACGGGCUCAGUUGGAAGCUAUUGACAGCGGCACAUUCCCUCGUGGUCCUUUUGUGGGGGUGCACGGCGACAACGAGCCCUGGGAACCUUGUGCUGACUGGCGUCUGACAGAACCUAACAGAACAAGUUGCGCAGAGGAGUGUAUGUACUAUGGCUGCAGCAUGCCUGACUGGACUGUAGAGAGCUACUGUGACGAAGAAACUGGAAAAUGCUACCAUGGCAACUACGAUGAACAAUGCCGCGGUGUCUUUGACGGCUUCAAAUACACGGGCAUGGAAGAUGUUGACGGCAGAGAAACCUUUUGCAGGUUCACCAAGGGGGUCCCUGUCAAAACGAGUGAAUGCCCUGCUCCCGGCGAAAUCCAGCCACCGGUUCUGGAAUCAUCGGCUGGAACUGAGACUCGAGGCAAAUGGUUUUGGAGCUCUCUUCUCGCUGCUGUGAGUGCACUUGUUUUGUUGGUUCAGUGAUAUUAGAUGGAUGAGGAGAUACCAAGCUAUUACACCCCAGCUAGCUCCAGCAUAAUCAAGUCUUGCAUAGUUUAUAUAUAUAUCUGGAAUGAUGGUCGCACAACAGAAUCUGUGCAGUUGAAUGCAAAAUCCGGUACCGUAGCUAGCGAUAAAUUCUUGCAGCAGGCUUUGUGGUGGCAACCGGUACCACGUAUAUACAGUUCUUGAAGCAGACUUGGCGUUGGCUACAGUGAUUACUGCGGUUACUAGGUAGCAUGCACCCAUUUAUCUGCUAUGCGGUACACCAUUGUCUCGCUCGAGCAAACCUCAAAGGAGCGGCGCCACUUUCGUCACUUCUUCAAAUAUGUCCAUGGCGAGGGCAUUCGUAUUCGCCCACCAACAUGCAGCACCGACCACAGCAUGAAUUCGUACACUCCAGCGCCGCGCGGUUGCUGCAGUGCUGACAAAGCAUAAUUUGGCCGUGCUGAUUCUGUGCGGGCUGAGCGACAAGUGUGGUGGAAUCUGUAUCGUUGUCCGACAUGGUAGUGUCAUUAUUGUUGUUGGCCAUCCCCACUGUGGUUUCGCUCGUGUUGUCACUUUCCUCCGUCGUGUCGUCGGGAUCCGGAUGAUUAUUGUUGUUUUGCUGUUGCACAAUCACUUCUUCUGUUGUGUCGUCCAUCUCGUCCGUCGUGGUAUCAUCCUCUUCAUGUUGCUGUUGUUGUUGGGCCUGGUGAAGGUGGCUGACGACAACGACCUCCUCCGUGGUAUCGUCCUCUUCCUCUUCAAUGUCAUCGGUACUAUCAUCCACUUGAAUCGCAGCGUUUUCGUUGUUUCCAUGUUGCUGCUGCUGGUGAUGUGCCACGAACAACCCAUGCACUUCUUCUUCGAGUGUCGAGUCUUCAUCCGAAAACUCCUCGGUACUGGUUCCAAAGUCAGGCACUGCAAAAACAGUAUCAUAUUCCUCGUCCGAUUGCGAGUCACUGUCAUCAGAGGAGAGAAGAUGAUCAUCGUUGUCUCGUCGCGCAGGACGUCGCGGCAUGGUUGGAAAGUUGCCCCUGCAAUUGGGGCAGGACGCAUUGGAUGCCAGCCACUCGGCAAUGCAAGACAAGUGUACCGCCUUUCCACAACACAAGGUAGCAAUGUUGGGGUUGUCAUCGAAACAAAUCAAACAAGACCCUGCCGCGGCUCGUUCUCGAGCUCGUCGAGCCGCCCUGGCUUCUUCAUGUUCCAUGGCGGAUAGCUGUUUGUCAUGCUGUAGUUGCACUAAUUCCGGUAGGCAUUUUCGGACGCGAUCCAUCAACAACGCCACGAGGGGAAAGAAGAGUCCCGUAGCGGGCAACACGGUUCGCACCAUGACAUUGUCAUUAUUAGUUGUUGCAACGCCACGAUAGACGAGCGACAGAUUGCGCCGCGUCUGAAUGAGCGCCAGUACAUAUUCCUUUCGUUGUGCGGGAGUGGCAAACCAAUUGACACAAAAUGGCAAUCCGCAUGCUUUGAGGGCUCCAUUCCCCGCGAGCCGUGCCAAUCUUCCAUUUCCAUCCGAAAACAUGUGCAAAUCGACCAAACAAAAAAAGAUGGCCGCGGCAUACGUGAGACACGCCACGGGAGAUUCGACUUCCGCCAGUCGUUCCUGGAGUGUUUGCAAUACGGGAAGCAAGUAUCGUUCCAAAUGCAGGAUGACUUGAUCCGCCGGCAAGAAUACUGUUUUUCCUGCCUUGACCGUUUUGUUUCGAACUUGUCCUGCUCUUGGAUGGAGUCCAUUGCCGCAUAAUACGGCGUGCCAUUGGAGGAGUGAUCGUCGGGUGAUCCAGGCUUCCGUGGUGGACGCUUCUUCCAGUACUCGUGUCAAUGUGUCCUUGUGCUGUUGGACCACCUUGGCGGCAUCGACGGCAGUGGCUCGUCCGGCAUUGGACGUGAGACUUGCCUUUUGUCGAUCCAUUUGGGACGUGGCGAAUUCCCUGACGGCCGCAAAGUAGAGUUCGUGCUGCUGUUUUUGUUCCGUCAAUUGGGACGAGGAACUGGCGUCAUUGAGGAGCAUGCUGUUGUUGUUAUUGUCGUCCUCCAUGUUGUCAUUGCUGUUGCUAUUGUCAUGAUUGUUGUUGUUGCUAUUGUUACUAUUAGUUGGCGACGAGGAAGACGCAUUGGAAUUGGAAGAAGCAUUGCUGUUUGAAUGGUUGAUCAUCAUUUUGGAAUCUUGGAGUGUUUUCAUGGCCUUGUGAUGCUGUAGGAAUUCAAAGACUGCCGCUUGGUUUUGUCCAAAAUCUCGUUCUUGUUGUUGCUGUUGAUGAUGCUGUUGUUGUUGCGAUGCCGAAAAGGAAACUCCCAUCAAAUCGUCAUUGGACAACGAGUCCAAAUGAUCGAAUAGAAACUUGGUAGAGUUUCCACCCUUGACAGUGCCAUGGGUGUUGCUGGCAGUCAGUACUGGCUGCUUGUUGCGCACCAGUUGACUCCACGAUUUUCCAGCCAGUGAUGCGGGCAAACUAUUGGUAGCACACCAAAAGUUGGUCAAACAGAGAAAGGGACGAAACUGGGGAUGCGUCGGACCGCCAAGACCGUUGACACUACUCGUCACGUAGCCCUGAAUCUCAAUCAUCAGCUGGAGAAUGCCGUUGGUUUGCCGUGUCGUUGUUGUCAAGGCUGCCAUCUGCCGUACGGGCCCGGCAUUCAACAAGACGGGUGUAUGGUGCGUAUCAUCCAAAAUCUGACCUCCACAAAACUCAUUGUGCUGCAACUGAUUCAACUGAUUUGUUGAUACGUGUAACAAGACACGCACAGGUCCUUGGUAAGUCUCUGCCAAGACCAUUCUCUCUACCGCUUUGGGAGUGAAAAAGGUCGAAGCAUUGUUCCUGUUGUUGCUUUGAUGAUUGGUAUUGUUAUUGGUAUUGUUAUUGUUGGACCGGCGCCGGCGGUUCUGGCCACGAUUCCGACGAUUACCACCACCACGUCCACUGGCAACCGUUCUCAUGCCAUUGUUGUUGUUGUUAUGGUUCAUCCUCUUCUACAUGUACUGUAUGUGUCCGACUGGGGAGACAGCUAGCUAUGGUUGAAGAGAGACUGUGGCUAUCUGUCUUUGGAGUGAGCGGCAAAGCUGCAACAAAUGCAACAGGCGAAAGUCGAACGUGCGAACAAAGUGGAGAAAAAUAGAAAAAGUUUAGAUGAACUUUAGCCCUCUCCUUAC